GUCACAGGAUGUUUACACCUUGGAAACGGUCGCAGACGCGAGACGCAAACCAACACCAAGUGACAUACGUAUAAUGACGACUGAUCUACAUAAAAUGAUAAAUCGUACAGUGAUUGUCGCGACAAACGUGCCGGCGACGACUCGGUAGACGUGCAAUAUAACAUCACGACAUUCGCCGAUCGACAUUGUUAACAAUCAUAAUCGUGAUUGCCAUUUCUGAUCGUCGUUUUAAUCGAAUGUCGCACUUGAUUCUCUUAUGUUCGGUCCCGUGAAUAAAUUAUGAGCGUGGACAGCGAAAACAAGUCGAACGAGGCAAUUGCGUCGUACACCUCGUCAACAGUGGAUCCGAAGAACGCCGUCGACGGGAUCGAGGGUGGCCCGGUGACUCCAGAAAUGGUGCUACGAUUACCUACUAUUACAGAUAAGUAUCUCUGCUCUCCGGAGGCCAAUGUCUACGAUAUAGACUUCACAAGAUUUCAGAUUAGAGAUUUAGAAACUGGCGCUGUAUUGUUUGAGAUAACAAAGCCUCCUGCUAGUGAAUGCGAUGUCCAUCAAGAACCAGAACCAGAUUGCGAAGAGCUCGGAUCUGAGGAUACAAACACAGGACGUUUUGUGCGAUAUCAAUUCACACCACAAUUUCUCAAAUUAAAAACGGUCGGAGCGACAAUCGAGUUUCUCGUAGGGCCUAAGCCAAUCAAUAAUUUCCGAAUGAUAGAACGACACUUUUUCCGAGAUAGAUUGCUGAAAACCUUUGAUUUCCAAUUUGGAUUUUGCAUACCAAACAGCAAAAAUACAUGCGAGCAUAUUUACGAGUUUCCGACAUUGCCUGCGGAACUAGUUUCUGAAAUGAUUGCGAAUCCAUUUGAAACGCGAUCCGACUCAUUUUAUUUCGUCGACAAUCAGCUUGUGAUGCACAAUAAGGCCGACUAUGCAUACAAUGGUGGACACACACAUGAUAUAUUGUAGUGUGCGCGAUUUGUUGAUUAAUAUUAUUGCAAGUGAUAUAUAUAUAUAUAUAUAUAUAUAUGUAUAUAUACAGGAUGUCUCGCCGGACUAUAUACAAACGUUCAGAGGAGAUAGAGCGCAGUAAACUGAAGAGAAAAGUCUUAUACCAUUUUACGAUUUUCGCAAUAAUAACAGAAAUAUUAAAUAUUAAAAUCGGACGAAUGGGAGAAGCGCUCAGCCGCCCUGAUGGAUAAGCGAUAUAACCAUCGGUAGCGGAGCGCUGUCUUUCUUCUCGUCGCGAACAAACAAUACCUGACACGAGCAGUGCUAUAGCUUGAACGACUACUUGAACGUUUCUCCCAUUCAUCCGACAAUAUUUAAUAUUUCUGUUAUUAUUGCGAAAAUCGUCAAACGGUAUAAGACUUAUCUAUUCAGUUUACAGUGCUUUACCUUCUUACGAAUGUUUGUAUAUAGUGCUGCGGGAUAUUUUGUAUAUAGAAUUAUACACAUCAUCACAUGUUACAGCGAGAUAAUGACGAUCAAGACUGCACUUGGGUUAGUGUUUGACGUUUUGUCACUUUCGGCACAGAAACGAGCUUAGAAUUUCGCGGAUUGGCAAUUAAGUCUGAAUACGCGAAUGUUGUUGCAAUAGAAGUGCUUUAAUCUAAAA